CUCCUCCGUUCCCAAUCUCGCCCGCACCCCUUUGCAGCAUCACAGCCUCGGUUUACAUGCUUCCCUAGGGCGUGGAGCUCCCUGCCCGCCCGCACAGUCCUGUCUGUCAGUUGAUGGGACAGCUCCACCUGAGCGGUAUCGGCUUCCCCACCCUUCCCGCGGACUGGCUCCCUCGGAAGUCGCGUCCCGCUCUCACAGCCCGUAAAUGAGAAGCCCAAGGGCCCAGGCGGGAACUGAUAAUGAAAGGAGGGGCUGCGAGAAGGCGCCUAGCACAAGGAGACCCCAAUGCCGGGAACAACAGCUCCUGAGUCUCCCUCCCCGCAAACGUGCGGCCCGACGAGGAGGUCCGGACAGACCAAGAGAGGUGAACGGACGGGCUAGCUGCCAAGAAGCCGGAACAAGGGCAUGCAGAGGGAGAUGGGGCUGGCCGCACAGACGAGGGGCAGGCAGGCAAGAUGGACCCAGGCGGUCCCUUCGGGGACAUGGGGAAGGAUCGAAUCAUAUUUGUGACCAAAGAAGACCAUGAAACUCCAAGCAAUGCAGAGCUGGUGGCUGAUGAUCCCAACGAUCCGUAUGAGGAGCAUGGAUUGAUCCUGCCAAAUGGAGACAUUAACUGGAACUGCCCGUGCCUUGGGGGAAUGGCCAGUGGCCCCUGUGGGGAACAGUUCAAGUCAGCCUUUUCUUGCUUCCAUUAUAGCACAGAGGAUGUCAAGGGGUCAGACUGUGUAGACCAGUUCCGGGCCAUGCAGGAAUGCAUGCAGAAAUAUCCCGACCUCUAUCCCCAGGAGGACGAGGAGGAGGAAGAGGAAGAGAAGAAGCCGGCAGAACGUUUAGAAGAGACAGCUGCCACUGAGGCCACUGCAACCAAAGAAGAGGAGGAGUCAAGCUAAUAAAGGCCACAAGGCACUGGGCUCCAGUCCUUCUGCUUCAGAGUUAUAUGAACCUUUUGCAAAAUGCCUUUUGGUCAUUCUCCGAGAAAGUGUCUUUCCUCUGUUGUUCUGUGCACUAUAAUGUACAAAAUAACUUAUUUUGAUGAUCAGGGAUCUUGGUCCUUUGCAUACACACUGGAAAAAAUGUAUGUGUGUCUCACAUAAAUCUAUCAGCAAAUGUAGCUGUUACUUUUGAAUUCUCUUCUCAGAUUACCCUGAAUUUUGCCACUUUGAAAUAAUGUGCUGACUAUGCUCAGCAAGCAAAUAUCAUUAUUUGGGAGUGUCUUAUGAGUGAGCUGAUUUAUUCUGAUUGAUUAUAUCCCUUUUAGUAGAUUUUUAUACCCCUUUGGGAAAUGAAAUAGAAACAAAAACAGCUUCCUUUAAAAAUGCUGGAGUGGGGCCAUUCCUAACACAAGAAGCCAGCUGAUCAGAUACAUAUUUCUCAAGAACCAUCUUGACCUUGAGUAUAUGAGGAGGUACUAUAUUUCAUUUCUGAUGCAUUUUGGUUUCCAUUUUUACGUUGAGCUCCAGGUUUUCUGUGUUUGGAAAUUGGAGCUUUAGACCCUCUAAUUCAAAAUCCCUUUCUGAGUGAAGAGAAAGGCUGGUUUUGCUGUUCUUGUUAUUCCAGAAGCCCUGGUUUGGGGCCUGUGUUCACAAUGGCUCUGUGUCAGCCUGUUUAGAUGCAAUGUUCUUGAGAGGUGGGGACCUAGUUGUUACCAAAGUAGCAGCCAAGAGAAGAAAUGGUGUGAAUUAAGUAGUCAAUUAAAGGAAAACGUGAUUUUUACCUGA